AUGACCAAAGCAGAUCUUUUUUUGAGUGUCAUAACAUCGAAGUUUCUAUAGAAGCACAAGUAAAUAGCCAAAAAGAAAAAUACGCAAUUACGAACACAGAAAAUCAUAGCCCCCAAUGAAGAAGACAUAACGAAAUAGACAAAGACACAUCUGUUCUUUCUCUUCUCUCUAUCUCUUUCUACUAACUCAUUAUUCACUUGUCUUGUAUCUCUCUUUCUUUAGUUUCUUAUUCAACCCACCAACACAAAACCAAAACCCAUCUUUUUUGGUUGGUCAAGUAAGUGGCAACCACGCCAAAGAGAAGAGCUUCCUCACAUGGGUCUCUGCUUCUCUUCCUCUUCCCCCAACCCUCCUCAGCAGUACUCAGGGUCUGCGAGCACUGACAGCAAGAACGUGGGAUUCUCCGCGACCACGAGCAGCGCCGGGAAGAGCCAAUUCUCGGAGAUCGCGAGCGGGAGCAUCGACAGCAGCCAAGGCUCUCUUCCUCUUCCUUCUCCUCAUGGCCAGAUUCUGGAAAGGCCGAACCUCAAGGUGUUCAGCUUCGGAGACCUGAAAUCCGCCACCAAGAGUUUCAAGUCCGACACAUUACUCGGCGAAGGUGGCUUUGGAAGAGUUUACAAGGGAUGGUUGGACGAGAAGACCCUCUCCCCUGCUAAAGCUGGCUCCGGAAUGGUCGUUGCCAUCAAAAAGUUGAACCCCCAAAGCACCCAAGGCUUCCAAGAGUGGCAGUCAGAAGUGAACUUUUUAGGAAGACUUUCUCACCCAAAUCUGGUCAAGUUGUUGGGUUAUUGUUGGGACGAUGAUGAGCUUCUUCUAGUGUAUGAAUUCUUGCCAAAGGGAAGCUUGGAGAAUCAUCUAUUCAGAAGAAAUCCUAACAUAGAACCACUUUCUUGGAACACCCGGUUUAAAAUAGCUAUCGGUGCAGCUCGGGGACUAGCUUUCUUGCACGCCUCCGAAAAACAAAUCAUAUACAGAGAUUUCAAGGCCUCAAAUAUACUUCUCGAUGUGAAUUUCAAUGCAAAAAUAUCAGAUUUUGGCUUGGCAAAAUUGGGGCCUUCUGGAGGACAAUCACAUGUAACUACCAGGGUCAUGGGCACGUAUGGUUAUGCUGCUCCAGAAUACAUAGCAACAGGUCACUUGUAUGUGAAGAGUGAUGUCUACGGAUUUGGUGUAGUGCUUCUUGAAAUACUGACAGGCAUGCGGGCACUUGACACAAAACGGCCAACAGGGCAGCAGAACCUAGUUGAAUGGACCAAACCUCUUCUCUCUUCCAAAAAAAAGUUGAAAACAAUAAUGGAUGCUAAGAUAGUGGGUCAAUAUUCACCCAAGGCAGCGUUUCAAGCAGCACAACUUACUCUAAAAUGCCUAGAACAUGACCCCAAACAACGUCCUUCUAUGAAAGAAGUGCUUGAGGGAUUGGAAGCCAUCGAAGCUAUCCAUGAAAAAUCCAAGGAAUCCAAAACCUGCAAUUCUUAUCAACCUCCUCGGCAGAGAGUUGUGAGAGUAUAAAUAAAUUUGUAUACCACUAGAAUCUGAGAUUGAAUAGGGUGUUGGAUCAGUAACCUAAUGUGAUUUUUUUUUUCUUGUGCUGCUUGGAAGGGGAGAUUUACCAGGCUUUUUACAUGUAUGAUUUUUUUGUUGAAUUAUUCACAUUUUUAUAAAGUAGGAAAAUAUUUUUUAUCUGCCAUAAGGGAACAUAGUUUUGAUGCUAACAUGUCACUUUUUUUUCGAGACUUCUUUUUCUUUCAUCAAUGAAAAGUUAGCCGGCUCAA